AUGGCCGCCACGCCGGAGGAGUUCCUGGGGCAGCAGGGUUUCCUUGCGCGCCUCGAGCCGCCGUCCCCGUCCCUCUUCCUCGACCUGCCGCCCACGCCCCGCGACGACGACGGCCACUCCUCCUUCGACGACAUGGUGCUCCCCUACAUCUCGCGCCUGCUCAUGGAGGAGGGCACGGAGGACCACCUCUUCUACCUCUACCCCAACCACCCCGCCGUCCUGCGCGCGCAGCAGCCCUUCGCGCAGAUCCUCGUCGACCUCGCCGACAGCGCCAGCGCCAGCGGCUCCACCUCCUCGCCCUCCUCCUCUUCCGACGCAACUGCCUCCACCACCCCCAGCACCGCAACUGCUUCGGCAUCGGCAUCGGCAUCGCCCGACGACGCACCAGUCCAGAUCUCACGGCCGCCCUACACCGACGUCAACGGCCAUGCCUCCGCCUCCCCGGACAAUCACAGCCCAGGGCUCCUCAACGGCGACGAGAUGGCCAAAAGGCCGAGCUCUGACUUGUUCAAUCACUUGUUGCCCCGCGACGAGGACAUGCUCAACCUGGCCUUCCUCAAAGGCAUGGAGGAGGCUAGCAAGUUCUUGCCGCCCGACAUCACCCUGUCCAUCAACGAGGGGACAGUGGUGGGAGGCGGGAAUGCUGUCAGCCUCAACAACAAGAAGAGGGCCGCACUGGCACUGGAGCCGGAUGUGGGCAGGCCCAGCAAAUUGAUGAUGCCGGAGCAGGAGGAACGCAAGAUGUUUGACGAAAUGAUGUUCCAGGAACACGAGAUAUGCAUGAAGGGGACUCAGAACCUGACCGCCGCAGUGGACGGCGAGCCCGGGAAGAACAGCCGGAAGAACGGCCGGUCGAGAAAGGCCGUGGAUGACAGUGAGAUGGUGGACCUGCACACGCUGCUGCUCAACUGCGCUCAGGCGCUGUCCACGGACAACCGCCAGAGCGCCAUUGAGCUGCUGAAGCGAAUCAGGCAGCAUUCGUCCCCGAAGGGGGAUGCAGGGCAAAGGCUGGCGCAUUAUUUCGCCAAUGGGCUGGAGGCACGGCUGGCGGGUAGGGGGAGCGAGCUUUACCAGUCACUCCUACUAAGCCGCAUCUCGGUAGCCGACUUCCUCAAGGCCAACCAGCUUUACAUGGCGGCUUGCUGCUGCAAGAAGGUGGCGUACAUCUUCGCCGACAAGACCAUCUGCAAUGCUGUGGCAGGUAAGAGACGGUUGCACAUUGUGGACUAUGGUCUGAAUCAAGGGCUCCAGUGGCCGGGUUUGCUACGCAUGCUCGCGGCUAGAGAAGGCGGGCCGCCGGAGGUGAGGAUCACCGGCAUUGACCUCCCUCAACCUGGGUUCCACGGAGCCUACCACAUCGAGGAGACGGGGCACAGGCUCAGCAACUUCGCCCGCGUGUUCGGCGUGCCGUUUAAGUUCCGUGGUAUCCCAGCAAAGCGGGAGACUGUCCGGCCGGAGGACCUGAACAUCGACCGGGACGAGGUGCUUGUGGUGAUCAGUCUUUGUCACUUCAGGCACCUGAUGGACGAAAGCCUCGGCUUUGAUGGUCCAAGCCCUAGGGAUCAGGUCCUCAACAACAUCAGGAAGAUGCGUCCAGAUGUGUUCAUCCAUGGCAUCAUGAAUGGCUCAUACGGUGCUACAUCCUUUCUGACACGGUUCCGCGAGGCACUGUUCCAUUACUCGGCCCAGUUCGACCUGCUGGACACAACCGCCCCCCGGGACAACGAAGGGCGUCUGCUGCUCGAGCGCGACAUCUUCGGCCGGUCUUGCCUGAAUGUCCUAGCAUGUGAAGGUGCGGACCGGGUGGAGCGCCCUGAGACGUACAAGCAGUGGCAGCUCCGGAACCACCGGGCUGGGCUGAGGCAGCUGCCGUUGAAUCCAGUGGUUGUUAAGCUUGUGCUGGACAAGGUCAAGGACAACUACCACAGGAACUUUGUUGUUGAUGCGGAUCAGCGGUGGUUGCUACACAGGUGGAAGGGGCGUGUGCUCUACGCCUGGUCAUCAUGGAUUGCAGCUGAUGCCACCUAG